ACAACGUUUUGUUAUGUUUCUAAAAUUAAAAAAAUUAAGUUAACAACGACAGUUGUCCAUUAUUGAUUCAUGUCCGACGAGCAUAAGUAGACGUAACGAUGUAUUCAACUAUUCUAUAUAAAAAAUUCACGACCAGCACAGCGAUAAUAUGCGACUUGAGCAGAUCUUUGAACACUGACGCGAUUGGUGUGUUGAGUAAAAAUGCCCUAGGAGCAAGCUGCACAAGAAUGUUCCAUACCAGCACUACCGUUCUAUCGGAUAGACCAUACUCAUCUCUACGACCCAAACUCAAGUGCACUACUGACACCACCUGUACAAUCUUUACUCCUGAACGGCACUAUUGCAAGGAUUAUAAGCCUUUUCCUCAAGUACCCGAGUUUCCACCCGUGGUCUGGCCUAAUCUAUUCAAAUCCAUCAAAGCACUGUUAUAUUCAUAUCUGAUCAUCAAACCGCAAUUCGACCAGGACUUCAGUCUUGGGGAGUUUUCAAAAAAUUCAAGAAAGGCUGUUGAAGUGGUUUCCAAAUGUAUUGCCAAACAAGACUUUUCUACUCUACAAGGACUAGUCACCAAUGAUGUAUUGCAACAAGUGAAAUCCAUUGUUUCAAAUCUUAAUGAAGAAGAGUUACAAAACAUGGGAUUUGAUAAUGAUGAUAUCUAUUUAUUUUUACCAGUCCAAUUGGACAUAAUAAAUGAUACAAAAAUUGAAAAUAGACGUUUUGUUGAAAUAACAAUGUGCUACCAUGCUAUACACAAUUUAGAAGAAAUCAAAAAAAGGUCUGAAGAAAUUGUAGACAUACAAAAAGAAUUAAAAAGUAGUAUAUAUGUACUGAACUAUAGAUUUAUUAGAGAAUACACAGAAGGAAUAAAAGAUGCAUGGACAGUAAAUGCUAUAAAUCAUUUAAAAGCUGAGGAACAUGAUAAAACAAUUUUGUAAAUACAAUUGUAUAAAUUACUUAAUUAAUG